AUGGAGAGCUUAUCGUACCAGCGAUUUCCCAAGGUCAAAAUUCGCGAGCUGGAAGACGACUACGCCAAGUUGGAGCUCCGUGAUACCGACGCCUCGAUGGCCAAUGCGCUUCGGCGCGUGAUGAUCGCGGAGGUUCCCACCAUUGCAAUCGACCUCGUCGAAAUCGACUUCAACUCUUCCGUCCUCAACGACGAGUUCAUCGCGCACCGUCUCGGUCUCAUCCCGCUCAGCGACAGAGCCAUGACAAUGCGCUUCUCACGUGACUGCGACGCCUGUGACGGAGACGGCCAAUGCGAGUAUUGCUCCGUGGAGUUCCAUUUGAGAGUCAAGUGUACGGGCGACCAGACUUUGGACGUCACCAGCAAGGAUUUGAUCAGCUCCGAUCAUAGCGUUGUUCCCGUCGACUUCGCCGAUCCCGCGGCCUACGAUUCAAGUGAUCAGCAAAGGGGUGUUAUCAUUGUAAAGUUACGUCGUGCGCAAGAACUGAGGCUUCGAGCGAUAGCUAGAAAAGGGAUUGGCAAAGAUCAUGCAAAAUGGUCUCCUGCUGCAACUGUCACUUUCAUGUACGAACCAGAGAUCCACAUCAGUGAAGAUUUAAUGGAAACUCUGACGCUUGCACAGAAAGAAGCCUUUGUUGAUAGUAUUCCGACGAAAGUGUUUGACCUUGAUCAUGCUACUGGACAGGUUCUGGUGGUUGAUCCUGAGGCAUACACUUACGAUGAUGAAGUGCUUAAGCUAGCAGAAGCCAUGGGGAAGCCAGGACUCAUAGAGAUCUAUGGCGGAGAAGACAUCUUCAUAUUCACAGUUGAAUGAACCGGUGCAAUUAAACCUUCUCAGAUGGUACUCAAUGCCAUAGAAGUACUGAAACAAAAGCUGGAUGCAGUUCGCCUGUCUGAGGAUACAGUAGAAGCUGAUGAUCAGUUUGGUGAACUUGGAGCACAUAUGCGAGGAGGAUGA